AUGUGUACUGCUGAAUCAGUGCGCGGCGUUGCCGCUCCUCAAGCCGCGCAACGUUGCCGCUCCGACGGAUACGCUGGCGCCACGUUGCCGCUCCGUGCGGUGCGGGCGGGCGCCACGCGGCGCUGCCGCUCCGCGUGUCUAAACCGUAAAAUACCAUUCAUUCAAUUAGAGUGCGGCGUGAAGUUUUUAAUGAAUUCGACGGGAAGUUUCGCGCGUCGAGAAUCUUCGGGUCGGCACAGACUGCGGCGUCGGGAUCGGUGGCGCCGUCACUGGGUUCUUUGUGACGAUUCCCCGGCCGAGACGCAU